AUGAUGAUGAAUCAUUCAUCAAAUGGUAGUCUUUUAUCACAAAAAUCAUCGACAACAAUUUCAUCAAAUGGUUCAUCAUCAAUGAAUGAUUCAAAUCAUAGUCUGACGAAAUCAUUUUCGAUCACCAUCAACAACAAUAGCAACAAUUCACGUGAUACAGUUCCGCUAUUGUUACCGCAUCCAAAAUCAUCAAUACAAAAAGCCCGAUUGAAUUCUGCGUGGCUCAAUGCAUCCAUUUCGUUGUUCGAACAAGAUGUCUGUGAAAAUGAUUUGCUAUUAUUGAAAGUUAAAUAUUUUACAUUUUAUGAUCUAAAAUCAUCAGAAUUAACACGUAUAAAUUAUCUUUAUGAAAAUUUAAAAUGGAACAUUCUCCAGGAACAAAUAUCCUGUACAGAAGAUGAAAUGUAUACAUUGGCUGGUAUUAUGUUACAGGUUAGUUAUUGUAGCGGUGAAAAUGGUCGUGGUAAACAAAUUGAUAAUAGAUUAUUAUCAACACCACCACCACCGUCAAUGCAUAACAAUAAUUCUAAUGGCCAUCAUCAUCAUCAUCAUAAUCAUCACCAUCAAUCCAAAAUGAAUGGUAAUGGUUACCAUAAUCACAAUAAUAAUAAUAAUAAUAAUAAUAAUGGUAAUGGAUUGAAUGGUUCAAUAUCAUCAUCAACAUCAACAUCGAAUGAUAUUGAUGAAGUAGAUUGUGCAUUAGAAACAUUGGAAAAAGAAUUACAAACAUUUAGUAUUGUGGAAAAAUCCAAUAGUGGUGGUGGUGGCGGUGGAAUCGUCACCAGGAUGGUUGGUUCAAAAAUUCAAAUACCAAUAUUGGAAGAUAAAUUGAAAAUAUCAUGCCAAAAAAUGAAAAAUUCCACAUCAACAUUGGCAAGAAUCAAGUCAACAAUUUCUGGAAAUGAUCGUACAUACUAUACAAUAUUUCGUGAUACAACAUUAUAUGCAUAUAGGCCACAAGAUUUUGAUCACGAUUCAAUGAAUCCAACAAAAGAACCGGAAAUCGUAUUGAACAUGAAUAUAUGCGAAGUGAAUCCAGAUGUAUUGGCCAGUCAACAACGAUAUUGUUUCCAGAUAAUUGAUUCAUCAAAGUCACGUUGUUAUUAUUAUGUUAAAUGUCAAAGUGAAUUACAGUACGCAAAAUGGUUUGCUGCAUGUAAACAAGCUAGCCAAGGUCAUACAAUGGCACAUUCAUCAUAUGAUGAACAAGUCCAUAAUACAUUGAAGCUAUUACAGAUUCAAUCGAAAUUUUCGAAAACAAAAAAUGUCAAUAAACAAGAGCUAAAAAGUUUGGAUGUCGAUCCAAGUCAAUUUAUUGCACCAAGAUUUUUGAAACGUAAAUCAAAAGAACAGAUUUUGGCACGAAUCAAAUUGGCGCAUGAAAUAUCCAACACAAACACAUUGAUUGAAGCACAAAUGAAUUUCAUAAAAACAUGUCAAACAUUGAAAGAUUAUGGAAUCACAAUGUUUGUUGUUCGAUUUCACAAAUCAAAAAAAGAGGAUCUCCUUGGUGCUAUGCCCGAUAAACUCGUAUUGAUCGAUGUAAAUAAUGGAACAUUGAGAAAAACAUGGAGAUAUAAAACAAUGAUCAAUUGGAAUAUUAAUUGGGAAGUGAAACGAAUGUCGAUUAAUUUUCGUGAUGAAACAUUAGAAUUCGAAUGUAUUAGUGCCGAUUGUAAAGUGAUACAUGAAUUUAUCGGUGGCUAUAUCUACAUGUCAAUGCGUGGCAAUCAAAUUGAUUCAUUUGAUGAGGAACAAUUUCUUAAAUUAACCGGUGGCUGGAAUGAAGAUGAUCUUGUCAAUGGUGAUGAUGAUGAAGAUGAACACAUUGCAAUGUGUCGUCGAGAAGCAUGGGCUAAUCUACAUCCAGGCUUAAUGGUCAAAUAAAAUAAAAAAUUCGAUUCGAUUCAAUAUGAACAAAAAAAAACAAAAACGAACGCCAUCUGGUGUUCAUCUGUGAAUCUUUUAUUUUUUAAAUUUUAUUUUUUCCCGCACAAAAAAAGAAAAUUGUAAAAAUUUAAAA